AUGGACGGAGCCGCACUCUGCAACGGCUUUCGCCAAAAGCGGAGGUCCAGAUCGCAGCGCGACCGGGAGAGGCGAUGCCAGCGCGGAUUACAAGGUGUCUCCGCCGGAGCCGAGCGCGGGGCGCCGCGCUGGACCAGAGCGCCUUCCAUUCUCUCCUCCUCGGGCUCGGAUCUUGAAAACAAUGGCCAGCCGCCGCUCGCGCCGUCCUCCCGGCCCAAGCCCCCCCGGAGGAAGCGCAGGGAGUCCUCCUCCCCCGAAGAGGACAUCAUUGACGGCUUCGCCAUGGCCAGCUUUGUCACUCUGGAAGCCUUGGAGAAGGACGUAGCAGUGAGACCUCAUGACCCUGUGGAAAAGCACCAGGAUCCCCUGGUGAAGAAGAAGCGGGAGGUGCUUACUAAUGGAUUGCCCUGUGGCCGGAAAAAGGGCAGGCGGUACCAUCACCGCUGCAGUUCGGACCGGGAGAACGACCGCAACUUUUGCCAACACCUCAGGAAAAGAAAGAAAUUCUUGAAAGGGCUUCGACAGCUUAAUCCAGGCCAGAAGAGCUGCCGGGACAGUGACAGUGAAAGUGCGAGUGGAGAAUCAAAAGGGCUUCAUCGGAGCAGCUCCCAUGAGAGACUCAGUGACAGUUCAGCUCAAUCCAGCUUGGGAACCGGCUACUUUUGCGACAGCGAGAGUGAUCUGGAAGAAAAGGGAUCUGAUGCAAGUUCCGAAAAGUUGUUCAACACAGUAGCAAACAAAGAUACAGACUUAGGAGUUGGUACAUUAACGGAAAAUGAAGACCAAGAUGGGAGGACGUUGGUGGUUCCCAAAAUAUCAGGGCUAGAACGGAGUCAAGAGAAGAGCCAGGAGAGCAGUAAAGAGCCUUCACUUGAUACUGUUGUGCCUCAAGACCUUUGUCCUCAGGAUCCCCACCCUUUGAUCCAACUCCAGCUGGAACCACCUUCAGAAGCACGUUCUCCAAACCCUCCUGCGACCCAGCCAACGGAUCCUUCUCAUUCAUCACAAUCUAAAGCCCCACAGAAACUACCAGCUUCGGAAGAGGCUCAGCAUACCACAGCCCCUCCAUCCCAAGUACAACGCCCUCCGAAGCCGCCCUCUCCCGGGCAGCCCCCACAUCAAAACCUGCCAUCCGCCCAGUUGCGUCCUCCAUCGUGUAGUCUUGCCCAACAGUUGUCUGCAUACAACAGUAGCAGUUUAAGCCUUAACAGCUUGAGUAGCAGCAGAAGCAGCACUCCUGCCAAGACCCAGCCUCCUCCACCGCCUCCACAUAUAGCCCACCACUCCUCCGUGUCACCAUUCCCCCUCUCGUUGCCCAACCACAGCCCGCUCCAUACCUUCGCGUCCACCCUCCAGCCUCCUGUGCACCCCCAUCACCCCAAUAUGUUUGCCCCUCCCACAGCAUUGCCCCCUCCUCCUCCUCUGACGUCAGGGGCAUUGCAAGUUUCAGGCCAUCCUGCUGGGAGCGCAUAUUCAGAGCAAGAUCUCCUCCGCCAAGAGCUGAACACGCGGUUCCUCGCAUCCCAGAGUGCCGACCGGGGCGCCUCGCUGGGCCCACCGCCCUACCUGAGGACGGAGUUCCACCAGCACCAGCACCAGCACCAGCACACGCACCAGCACACGCACCAGCACACCUUCACGCCUUUCCCGCACAGCAUCCCACCCACGGCCAUCAUGCCAACGCCAGCACCUCCCAUGUUUGACAAAUACCCUACAAAAGUUGACCCUUUCUACCGCCACAGUUUAUUCCACUCCUAUCCUCCAGCGGUAUCAGGGAUCCCACCUAUGAUUCCUCCCACUGGGCCUUUUGGUUCACUCCAAGGAGCAUUUCAACCCAAGACUUCGAAUCCAAUUGAUGUUGCAACGAGGCCUGGUGCUGUCCCACAUACCCUUCUGCAGAAAGAUCCCAGGUUGACAGAUCCGUUCAGGCCCAUGUUGAGGAAACCUGGAAAAUGGUGUGCUAUGCAUGUGCAUAUUGCGUGGCAGAUAUACCAUCAUCAACAGAAGGUCAAGAAACAGAUGCAAUCAGAUCCCCAUAAAUUGGAUUUUGGCCUGAAACCUGAAUUCCUGAGUAGACCUCCUGGCCCUAGUCUCUUUGGGGCGAUCCACCAUCCUCAUGACUUAGCGCGACCAUCAACUCUCUUCUCUACAGCCAGUGCCACCCAUCCCACUGGCCCGCACUUCGGCCCUUCCCCACAUCACAGCAACUUUCUCAACCCAGCUGCCCAUCUAGAGACUUUUAAUCGGCCCACGACGUUCACCAGUCUUGCAGCCGUGAGUGGCACUGCCUUCGGGGGACUCGGGAACCCUGCCGUUACACCCAACUCUAUGUUUGGCCACAAGGAUUGCCCCAGUAUGCAGAAUUUUAACAACCCUCACGAACCGUGGAAUCGUCUGCACCGAACACCACCAUCGUUCCCGACUCCUCCGCCCUGGCUGAAGCCAGGUGAGCUGGAACGCAGUACAUCUGCUACAGCUCAUGAGCAAGAUAGAGAUGUAGAUAAAGGAGACUCUUCUGUUAGUAAAGAGGACAAAGAAAGGGAGGGAAUUGAGAAAAGACACGCAAGCCAUCCUUCCCCAGCUCCUCUCCAUUCCGUGAGUGCCCUCGGACACAGCCGCAGUGCAGCUGAGCCCAUAAGGAGCCACCUGAACCCAGAAGUUCGGGAGAAGGAAAAGACAAAAGAGCGAGAAAGGGAUCACUCCGAAUCUCGGAAAGAGGUGGGUGUGGAUGAGCCCAAGGCAAAGGACAACUAUAUUUCAGAGAAAGAAAGUCUGACCCAUGAGAGCAGGCCACUGGAAGAGUCCAAGCAAGUGUCUCGAGUCCCUUCACCCUACACCAGGCCACCUGUGGUGGAGAACACCAGACCUAACAGUACCUCCAGCCGAGAUGCUGAGAAGAAGAGUGACCCAGCUUAUGAAAACCUGAAGAAAUCCAGUGAAGUCAAAGUGAAGGAAGAAAGGAAGGAGGACCAUGACAUCCCACCAGAAGCACCCCAGACCCAUCGCUCGUCUGAGCAGCCCCCUCCAAUGCCCCCAUCCGGUGUCCACCCAAGCCCUUUGGUGUCCAUGCCCAUGACGGUGGGCGUCACAGGCAUCCACCCCUUGAACAGCAUCAGUGGUCUAGACAGGACUCACAUGAUGACGCCCUUCAUGGGGAUCAGCCCCAUCCCAGGCAGUGAACGUUUCCCAUACCCUUCCUUCCACUGGGAUCCCAUGAGGGAUCCUUUACGGGAUCCCUACCGAGAUCUGGACAUCCACCGGAGAGACCCUCUGGGGAGAGAGUUCCUCCUAAGGAAUGACCCAUUGCACCGUCUCUCCGCUCCGCGGCUCUACGAUGCCGAGCGGUCUUUCAGGGACAGAGAGCCACACGACUACAAUCACCACCACCACCCCCUGUCCGUCGACCCCCGGCGUGAGCACGACCGGGGGGGGCACCUGGACGAGAGGGAGAGGCUGCACCUGCUCAGGGAGGACUGUGAGCACGUGAGGCUUCAUGCGGUCCAUCCAGCAGCGCUGGAGGGCCACCUGCCUCACCCGCGCUUGAUCACGCCCGGGCUUCCCAGCAUGCACUACCCCAGAGUGAGCCCUCCGUCGGGACUGCAGAAUGGGAUUCUCAAUAAAACGCCCCCCACGGCAGCUCUGAGUGCACCCCCCCCUCUCAUCUCCACACUGGGACCUCGGCCCAGCUCUCCCCGCAGGACUACCCCUCUGCCGACCGAGAUCCGGGACAGACCUCCUCCCCAUACGCUCAAGGACAUAGAAGCGCGGUGA